UUGUUUAAGAAGUACAAAAACAUACAACUUCUACUUCUAAUUCUAAUUCUAAUGGAGGGUUAUUCUAAAUGUGAAGCUAACUUUGUGCCUUUGUCGCCUAUUAGCUUUCUCGAGAGAGCAGCAUUUGUUUACGCAAAAAGCGUGUCUAUAAUUUAUAAUGAUGUGACGUAUACGUGGAAAGAAACAUACGAUAGAUGUGUGAAGCUUGCUUCUGCUCUUUCGAUUAUCGGAGUUACUCCUGGAAAAGUUGUUGCAACCUUCGCACCAAAUACACCUGCUCAGUACGAGCUCCAGUUCGGGGUGCCAAUGGCUGGUGCGAUCCUUUGUUCACUCAAUACGAGCCUCGAUCCACCAACACUCGCAACCACUCUCCAACAGCUAGAAGCCAAAGUCAUCUUUGUUGACCACCAAUACAUUCAUUCUGUUAGUGAAGCAAUCAAGAUACUAUCACAUGAAAAAACCGCAUUAGCAUCACCGAGUGUGGUUCUGAUCGAUGAAAGGAAUCACACCAUUGUGCCAUCGAAAACUCUUGAUUACGAGGAACUUCUUUCUUCAGGGAAAUCUGAUUUCAAUAUCAUACACCCAAAUGAUGAAUGUGAUCCAAUCUCGAUAAAUUUCACUUCAGGCUCAACGGGGAAGCCAAAAGGGGCAGUUUAUAGCCAUAGAUCAGCGUAUCUCAACUCGUUAUCGGUUAUCUUUAGAUAUGAUAUAAAGAAAAUGCCGGUUUUCUUGUGGACGGUUGAUAUGUUCCGUUGCAACGGGUGGUGCUUCCCGUGGGCAGUGGCAGCAUUGGGCGGCACCAACGUUUGUCUUAGAGAAGUGACCGCGAAGGUGAUUUUUAAUUCGAUUAUGAUCCAUAAAGUAACACACUUGUGUGGUCCACCUACGAUUUUAGACAAGAUUGCAAGUUCGAAAGCUGAUGAACAACGGGUGAUUCCAACUAGGGUUGAUGUAAUCGUGGCCGGGCCUUUACCCUCAUUGGAAAUUAUAUUGAAAGUCGAGAAAUUUGGGUUUGACAUACACCAUGGUUAUGGAAUGACAGAAGCUCUAGGGCCAAUGACUGAUAGGUCGUUGACAACAAGCAAUCCACAAGAAAAUGACAAGGAUAUUGAGAUUCAGAAGAUAAGAUGUCGUGAAGGAACUCACAACAUCUUAACACAAGAUGUUGAUGUCAAAGACCCUGAGACCAUGAUCAGUGUGCCAUCAGACGGGAACACAAUUGGAGAAAUUAUGUUUAAGGGAAACAUUGUAAUGUUAGGAUACUUUAACAACAUGGAAAAGACCCAAAAGGUGUUCAAGGGCGGUUGGUACAUGACAGGGGAUCUUGGGGUUAGAAACCCUAAUGGUGAUAUAGAGAUGAAAGAUCGUAAACUAGAUAGUAUUAUCACAAAUGGGGAGAUUGUUAGCACCAUCGAGAUUGAACGGGUCAUCAGGACUCACCCAUUUGUAAAGGAAGUAGCCGUUGUUGGGAAACCUGACAAUGCCCUUGGUGAAACGCCUUGUGCGUUUGUGACAUUGAAAGGCGAGUGCACUUUAACUGGUUGUGCUAUCAUCGAAUUUUGUCAAGAGAAGUCGUUGCCUCGCAAUAUGAUCCCACGAAAUGUGUGUUUCGAGGUUUUACCCAUGAAUUCGACCGGAAAAGUUCUCAAAUUUCUUCUUAGGCAAAAAGCCAAAACAACAGGGAGUAUUCUUUGUGGGAAUGGGUAUUGAACAUUCAUUGUUAUCAUUUAAACAUGGGCAAACAUAAAUAAAUGUAAUCGAAUAAUGCUCAGUUGCAUGAAUUUGGAAUACAAUUGUACUAUGGAUUAUGUUUACACCAAAUUGUAAGCGGUGUCCUUUCCUUUUAAAAUUGACGGGUUUUGUACUUAA